AUGGCCGUCAAGUUGAUCGUGCUCAAUCCGAAUAUUAGAGUGGAUCGAACUGAAGUUUUGGUUUUAUCGCACAAGUUUUUGGUAAUUGACUUGAUUCGAGCUGCGAAUGCUGUUGAAAAUUUGAAAGCGGAUGUUAUUAUAUAUGCAAGAGCCAUUUUCCCAUACAAUCGUAAAAACAUUCGCAACUGGCUUGAUGGCUCAAUUCAAGAUAAAUCGCAUAAUAUUGCAACAAAAUUGAAAUGUGUAGUCGAUGAUACCGAAUUUUCAGCAAAAAGGGUUAUCAUUGAUUUGCCGGGUAAAUCAGCAAUGGUAGAACCAACUGGAUACGCACUCCAAAUGAAAAACACCAGAGAUGUGCUUCGAUGCUUCCUAGAAAACGGCAAACGCAACCACGAGAAUAAAAAGAAUGGAAAAAAUGUUCCACCGCCGGUUAGUGGUGCUCCUGUCUCUGCUGUAAAGGCUCCGGUUGUUCCGGCAUCUGCGCCUCCAGACAAGAAGGAUGAGAAGAAAGAUGAGGAGAAGAGUGGGGCUCCGCCAGCGCCUGCUGCAGCUCCAGCGCCUGCUGCUCCAUCACCGACGGCUGAAGCCAAGAAGAAGGACGCGAUUGUUGAAAAUCCUAUUGUGACCGAGCAAAGUGAAGUUGGAACUGUUGUACCAAAGAAUGCACCACCUGAAGAAAAGAAGGAUGAUAAGAAAGAUGAGAAAAAAGACGAAAAAAAGGAUGAUAAGAAAGAUGAGAAAAAAGAUGAAAAAAAGGAUGAAAAGAAAGACGAGAAAAAAGAAGACGAGAAGAAGGAAAAGGAAGGAGUCAAACGCGUGAAGAAAGUUCGCGAUGAAAACGCACCGAAGCGACCAGUUUCGGCUUACUUCCAUUGGCUUGCUGAGAAUCGUCAUCGAUUUGUGAAGAAUGGCUUGAAGUCUACAGAUGUGGUCAAGGCUGCUGCUGCCGAAUGGCGAACGAUUACUGACAAAAGCAAAUGGGAGGAAAUCCAGAAAAAAGACAAGGAGCGCUAUGAUCGCGAAGUCAGCCAAUACAAAAGCGCAUAA